GCACAGAAGAGACUCGCCCCUUUCUGCAGCAACUUUGUUUUUGUCCGAACUUUUAUCAGCUUGAUUUUAAUCGGCUAAUGAGCAGAGCUAGCGUUUAAACGACCGGAGCGAUGGACGCCAGAGCGUACAAACUCUUGCACGAGUCUUUCAUGCAGAACAACACGGGGACAACACCGUGGGAGACUGUUCUCUUCAUUCUGCCGACGGCCGUCCUCACCAUCUUAUCCAAUUGCCUCAAUAUAAUUUUAAUUAACGUUACUCGUAACUCGUUCCUAAUAGAAUUUUUUGUCAUGGUCAUGCCGCAAGUUUUGCAUUCGACCAUUAUUUCGGAAAGCAUUUCCGUUAGCCUUGUCAUCUACGCCCUCAUCACCUCAUUUUCAAUUUUUGUCCUAUACAAUUACAGCCCCAAGAGGCAUUUAGUCACUUUCGAUUAUUUGAACAAACACCUCGACAUAUCUCUUGUGAUCACCAACUUCAGAGGCUCGAUCAAUUUGAUAACCGCGAUCUGCAUUCUGGCUGUCGACUUCCGUGCAUUUCCUCGAAGGUUUGCCAAAACAGAAACCUUCGGAUGGGGCCUGAUGGACACAGGAGUCGGUCUCUACGUCCUGGCCAAUGGACUCGUCGAACCGGCUGCCAGAAACAAGCCGGUGUCGCUAAGCAAAACAGCGAAAGGCUGCUUUCCCAUGCUUUUCUUGGGAUUUUUGCGCUGGUUUUCCAUUUGGUGGUUUCAGUACCAGCAGCACGUUUCAGAGUACGGAGUGCACUGGAACUUUUUUGUCACUUUGGCGUUCACCAGGCUACUCGGCACUGUCCUGCUUAAAAUUUGGAAUAGGCCAAUAUGUUGGACUUUAUUCUGUGCAAUUGCGCACGAAGUGUUGCUGCAGAAGGGAGUGGCCGAUUUUGUGCUGUCCAACUCUCCAAGAGACAACAUCUUCACUUCAAAUAGAGAGGGUUUCUGUUCCCUUCUCGGCAACGUGGCUUUGCACCAGGCAGCUGUGGCGCUGGGCCAGUGGCUGCACACGAAACCAGCGCACAAAAGCGUCAACUGCCUUGCCACGGUGUCCUCAGUGAGUGCCACAAUGUGGCUGGUCGCCCUGCUGACCUCGCCGCCCUCCAGAAGAGUGGCCAACCUGAGCUACAUCGCUUGGAUGCUGGGCUAUGGCUGCACCAUACUCGCUCUCUUUGUGCUGGUCCACAUCGUCUCCUCUGCCCUCGGCGUUUUGUGCAAUGGCCACAUCUACAUGCCCACCAUCCUCACCUCCAUCAACUACAACAGCCUGGCAUUCUUCCUGCUGGCAAACCUUCUCACCGGAGUCAUCAACAUGUCCGUUCCCACCUUGUAUGUUGCUCCGAUUGGAAGUUUGUUUGUUGUAAGCAUUUACAUGUUCCUCACCACGUUCACCAUUUACAAAUUAUACUUGAACAGGUGCAAGUUCAAGUUUUGGUGAGGUGUAUUGUAAAUCUGUAUUAUUUGCGAUAUGAAUUUAUUUGUGACAAAGCAUUUACGUGUUCAACACUAAUAUCAAACAUAGUUGUUAUCAAGAUACAGGAUCUCAAUAAAACAAGUGCCAAUUUUAUAUAUUAUUUUAA